AUGUCGUUCGCAGGCAGACGCAGAGGAAACAAGGUCAAGAAGGGCGUCCAGUUCACGGUCAUGGUAGUCGGUGCUUCUGGCACUGGCCGCACGACGUUUGUGAACACCCUAUGCGAGUCCGAGGUCCUCAACCACAAGGAGUCCGAUAACCCGGAGACCGCACACGUCGAGGAGGGCAUCAGGAUCAAGCCCGCCAACGUCGAACUCGAGGAGGACGGCGUCCGCAUCGCCCUCACCAUCGUAGAUACCCCUGGGUUCGGCGACAACAUCGACAACGAGUUCGCAUUCCAAGAGAUCGUCGGCUACCUCGAACGCCAAUACGACGACAUCCUGGCCGAGGAGUCUCGCAUCAAGCGUAACCCCCGCUUCAGGGACAACCGCGUUCACGCGCUGCUCUACUUUGUUCCUCCCACGGGUCACUCCUUGAGAGAAAUGGAUAUUGAGCUGAUGCGCCGCCUUUCCCCGCGCGUCAACGUCAUCCCCGUCAUCGGUAAAGCCGACUCUUUGACCCCCAGCGAGCUCCGUGGGUUUAAGAAGAGGAUCAUGGAGGACAUCGAGCACUAUGACAUCCCGGUGUACAAUUUCCCCUACGACGUCGAGGAAGACGACGAGGAGACUAUCCAGGACAACAGCGAGCUCCGGGCUCUCCUGCCCUUCGCCAUCAUUGGCUCCGAGGAGGAGAUCGAGAUCGACGGUCAGCCUGUUCGCGCGCGGAUCUAUCCCUGGGGUAUCGCCGAGGUGGACAACCCCAAGCACUCUGACUUUAGCAGGCUGAGGAGCGCCCUCCUGAACUCCCACUUGGCGGACUUGAAGUCGUUGACGCACGACGUGCUCUACGAGACUUACCGUACCGAGAAGCUCUCUCGGACCGUGCACACCGAUACCCACGACUCGUCGAUUCUUCCCGAGGAGCUCGCGACGCAGAGCGUGCGUCUCAAGGAAGAGCAACUCCGCAGGGAGGAGGAGAAGCUUCGGGAGAUCGAGCUCAAGGUCCAGCGCGAGAUCAACGAGAAGAGGCAAGAGCUGCUCGCGAAGGAAGAGUCGCUCAGGAACUUGGAGAGCCGACUCGCCGCGCAGGGCUCGCAGCAGGAGUUCCGGGACUGA